UGGAGUGGGCAUAUCCUCACAGUCAGGCAACCGAGGCGCGGGAGAACGGCAGGGCAAAAAUCGCAGGGUGUCCCCGUGCAGCUGACAGCGGGGAGCCGCGGAGUUAAAAGUCCGCUUCGUGGAGCUCGUGUUUUCCGAGCCCGGGGAUCUGAGCUCUUUGUCAGGAGGAGGGAAGACGAGGUGGCGGUAGCCGGCACUUCCGCGCCGGCGCCAUGUGAUCCUCCACGCGGAUGGUUACAAUGAAUGUUGAACAUGAAAUCAACCUGUUAGUUGAAGAAAUUCGACGGCUGGGGACCAAAAAUCCUGAUGGGACAUUGAGUGUGAAGUUUGGAGUGCUGUUUGCGGAUGAGAAAUGUGCCAACCUUUUUGAGGCUUUAGUAGGAACCCUGAAAGCUGCAAAACGACGGAAGAUAGUUAAUUAUCCUGGCGAACUGCUUUUGCAAGGAGUUCAUGACAAUGUUGAUAUCUUAUUAUUGCAGGAUUAGUUACUUUCCUAGCAAAUGGCAUUUUCAUUAGAUAUCUAUAUGUAACUCAGAUCAAGAUGCAUUUGAUUGAAAGUAUAUCUUCCUAUUUAUCUUUAUAGAAUUAUAUAUAAAAAUUCUUUGAAGGCCUUUUCUGAAACCCCUGCUACAUAGUUUGUUGGGCCUUUUUUGGGGGGGGGGAUUUGGAAAUUACACUCUCAUAUGUCUGAAAUGUUGUUAAAACGUUUGAGAAUUCCUUACAAAUUAUCAAUAUCAACAACCUAAACCCUGCUACAAACUUCCAGUUUAUGGGGAUUCUCUGAUUUCUCUGCAAGAAUCAAAAAUAUUCUGGCCAAAUGAAGCAUUCAAGCUGGUGGUUUCAUCUGAAACUGAAUAUUUGAUAUGGUCUUUUUAUGUGAUUCUUGAAACAUAGGUUUUUCAUGUGACACUUUCUGAACUGUGAUACUUUGGAGUAACUGUGGAAAGUUAUAAAAGCAAUGGUAGGGAGGAAUUCUCUUGCACUUUUUUAGUGUAUUCUCAUUAAUGAAGGAAUGUUAUGGAAAUCAUUUCAAAGAAGAAAUAAUUUAAGAAAAAUGUAUCAUUAGUGUGUUAUUUUUCACGUGGCUAUAGUGACCAAGACAAAGUGUUUUGUCUUUUAUUAUUACAAUAAUUUCUCCAGCUAUCGGCAAAUCAGACAUAGAUUAAAUUCUGAAGAAAUAGAUUAAAUUCUGAGGAAAUACUUGAAAGGAUAUUUGGAUAUUUUCUUUGGCAGCAUAUUCAUUGCUAAAUGGGAGUCUUGAGGUUGAGAAAUUGUCCAUCCAGUUUCACUUCCCACAAAUUUGAGAAUCUCAAAAGACCAUUUGUGUCUAAUUCAAACAAUAUUCCUUUUCUCAGGGUAAAGUUAUAAAAAGAAGUGGGAGGACAGUCCUUCUAUUCCUCAGAUUCCAGUUUCUCUAUAAAAUCUAUUACUUGUUGAUGAUGCCCUUCUGGGAAAUGGGUGUACCUUAAACAAACUGUGUAGAUCACUUUAGAAAGCACUAAGUAUUAUCCAAACUGCUGUUAAGGCCAAGUUUAUUCCUUUUCUAUUUGGUCAGUUUGAGAAAGAAAUGGAAUAGGGUGUGAGAAAUGCUCAUCUGAACCCUCUCUGGCAGGCAUCUGGGAGUGAACACUUGAAAAAUAGAAUAUGACAUAAAAUGAGAAGAACAGGAAGAUUGCCUCAUAGAGGACAUGAACAUGCGAAAUUGGUAGAAUUGUACAAGACUAU